UACUGUAUUUGCCGAACCGGUGACGACGGCAGACCGAUGGUCUAUUGCUCCCAGUGUGAUGACUGGUGCGUCCAUGCUGCCUGCGACAGAUGUUUGCGCUGUCUCACUCUGCACAGGUACCACUUUGAAUGUGUCAAUCUCACCGAGGACGAUGCUGCCGAUAUCAACGUUUAUGUUUGUCCACCAUGCUCAGAAAGUACACACAGACAGACUGCAAUGACAUGGGAAGGCCCGGAGGCCGUCGAGCCCGUCGAUGAGCGCGAGAGCAAGCGAGCGCGACUCCAGCGGCUCGCGCAGAAGAAGGCCAUCGAGACCAUAUCCGAGGACGAGGAGAGCCAGGAUGGCGCGUCGAGCGAGGACGAGUUUGUCGUCGAGUCGUCGACGAGGUCGAAGGGGCGCAAGAUGGCGAUCGUGAGCGACGACGAAGAUUCUGGCAAUGACUCGGACCCCUCUUCCUCCCAUCGGCGCAAGCGCAAGCCCACGUCCUCCAAGCCGCCCCCUUCCAAGCGCAAGAAGACCCAGCCUGCGCGGGGUACGAGCACUAGCAUCGACGACGACCCCUUCCGCAAAUUCACGCUUGGCAAAUUCACAUCCAUAUUCAGCGAUAUUUUCCUGCGUUUCCCUCGCAUCGACGAUGUGGAGAAAGCGCCAGGCUUGCUGACUCCGGAAGAAACUGAAGCUGUGCGUGCAGAUGCGGCAAGGUAUGCAGAGGAGCUCGAGCGGGAGAUGAGCAACCUGUACGUGGAAGAGGAUGGGCGUGCAGGCGCCAAGUACAAGGACCGCUUCCGCAUGCUCACCGUCAACCUGAGCAAGAAGGACCGCGAGAUCGUCCACAAGCGCAUCAUCGCGCGCGAUGUCACUCCCGCCAUGCUCGCCGUCAUGUCCGUCCACGAGCUCGCAGACGCCGCGACGCAGCGCACCAUCAAGAACGCCGAGCGCGAGGCGCUCGACCACUCAACCCUGCGCAUCGCCACCGCGGCGGGCCCGCGUACGAAGAUGACGCACAAGGGCUUCGAAGAGGUAGAGGUCGACGGCCCAUACAACCCGCGCGAGGAGCAGCGCCAGGAGGAGGACAGCGCGCGCGAGAUGACGCAGACGCCUAUCACGCCUAGGACGCCGCAGGUGGAUCCGUGGGGACCAUCGUCGGCAGUUAUACAGUCGCCGAAAGUUGAGCACUCGGCGCGUCCGCCUCUGUUCAUGCACACGUCGACGGAGUAUCCGGUGGCGAGUGGGGAGCCGGAGCUCAACAUCGACGAUUUGAUCAAUAUUGACGAAGAGGGUAUGGCGGCGCAGACGUUGGCCCUGCCCACGCCUGUUGGCGAGGCGCCUGCGCAGGAUAUGGAAAGCGGUCCUCCAGUUUCAGCGUCUCCCAUCGAGCCUGUCAAAAGCGAGUCUGCGAGUGUUGAGCCUGAGACCAUGUUCGACCUGAACUCCUUGUGGUCUGCGCCGCAAGAAGACGGCGAUAAUGAAGGAUAUGUGGAUAUGGACACCUCGUCGAACGAACUCCACGAACCGAAUGGGCCCAUGGACGUAGAUAGCGGGCUCCAUGAUGGCGGGGACGCCGACUUCGAUAUGCUGCUGAACAACAACGUGGACACCUCGCAUUCGGGACGUCCGCCUACGCCGCCGACACCGGUGGCGUAUGAAGACACGCCGCAAGUAUGGUCAGGCAUGAUCAACAUGCCGCUCGACUCAGCAGUCCCUCAAGACACUCCCGUCGUCGCACGCCAAAUGGGUGGUCGAACCAUGGACGAAACCUCUCCGCUCUGGCAUACGCUCUUUCCAGCGGACGUCCUACGCAUCGACGGUCGCGUACCGGUGGACAAAUCCAGCGACUACCUUCUGCAAAGCCGCAUGAACCCCUCGCGCGAGCUGGUGGGCGUCACCUUCGCACCAGCAAGCGCAGAGCAUGAGGCGUCGUUCAAGGCGCUCUCGGAUUUCCUCGUAGGGAAGAGUCGCCAUGGACUGGUCUUUCCCUGGGGCCAACGCCCGAAAGAGCAUCACCCCGGACGAGAACUGUACAUUAUACCUUUGCAUGCGCACGAGCCGCUCCCAGAAUUCAUGGAGCUCAUGGACGACCUCAAGCUGCCCAGGGACCGCACCCGCGACUACCUCGUUGGUAUCUACGUCCUCAUCCGUGGCAAGCUUGUAGCACCUCCCCAACCGCCGCAACAAAUACAAGCCCCCGCGCCUCAGCAGCAGCAACCACCCGUCCAUACACCUACGCCUCCUUUCGGACCGACACCGACACCGACGUCGCAGAUGUACGCUACCGUGCCGCCAGUACCUGCGCAGGCUACCACGCCGCUCCCGCUGCCGAACCUGUCGAAUAUUCGACCAGAAGCCCUCGCUGCCGAGGUUGCGUCGCUCACUCCGGAACAAAUUCAGGCUAUGCUGCACACGCUGCAGGGGACGGCGCUCCUCCAAGCUGCUCAGCCGCAGCCUCCGCCGCAACCACAAUUUACACCCCUCCCGCUGCCUGCGUGGUCUGCUCCGCCGCCGCCUGGGGGCUACCCGCCUCAUGCUCCGGGCGGUUACACCCCUCCUCAAGGCGGCUAUCCCCCUCACGGCGCCCCACCAUAUCCUGGGCAGCCACCCUAUGGCGGCCAACCGCCGUAUAACCCAGAAUACGACGGCUAUCGAGGUGGAGGAGACCGCGGUGGGUGGAACAAGCGUGGUAGCAAUAGGGGACGUGGCCGUGGGCGAGGUGGUCGGGGCCGAGACGGGGAGAGGUUCAACAAGGCGGACAACGGGUGGGGAAGGGGUGGACGAGGUGGCGGACAGCGUGGUGGAUGGUGAAAGGUUGCUUGAUGGGAUGAUGAUAGGGGUCGCUGUAUCGGGGAGGUUGCUUGGUUUGCAUGGUUAGGAGACGUUGUCAGCCGUGAGGCUGGUGAGGGGUCGCUUGCUCGUAAUGAUUGCUGUUAUGGUGUGUCCGAAAAUCAAGGGGAAUGUGCGCGAAGAUCAUGUGCUCAUGUGGUGUACGAUAUGCCUCUAGUUCAUGCUUACUCUCUUACUGCUUAGUUCCGUUGUUCCUUUCGAUUCCUUUACUUAUGACUAUGCCUUCAAUCAAUCUGCUCAUCAGAGCUCAUUCAGCCCGAC